GGAGGUGGCAGCCAUCUCCUAGUCAGCAUCAUGGCCGCCCUCAGACCCCUCGUGAAGCCCAAGAUCGUCAAAAAGAGGACCAAGAAGUUCAUCCAGCACCAGUCAGACCGAUAUGUCAAAAUUAAGCGGAACUGGCGGAAACCCAGAAGCAUUGACAACAGGGUGCGCAGGAGGUUCAAGGGCCAGAUUCUGACGCCCGGCAUCGGCUACGGGAGCAACAAAAAAACAGAGCACAUGCUGCCCAGUGGCUUCCGCAAGUUCCUGGUCCACAACGUCAAGGAGCUCGAAGUGCUGCUGAUGUGCAACAAAUCUUCCUGUGCUGAGAUCGCUCACAACGUCUCCUCCAAGAACCGCAAAGCCAUUGUGGAGAGAGCAGCCCAGCUGGCCAUCGGAAUCACCAAGAUCUGAAGAGCUG